AUCUCAAGUACGGUAAAUUCUUUGCUUUCGCUUGUUCAAUUUCUAGGGUUUAUACGAUAUCAAUUUCGCUUUCUGUGGUGAAUUACUUACUCGUUUUUUUAUCAGAUCGGAUGAGUUUUGUUUUCGUGGUUCAUUUUGAGAUGGUUAUUGAUUUGUUUCUGUGUUUUUUUGUAUUGAUUGAUUAUAGGCGCAUUUGAUAGUAGUUUUUGAAGUAGUUUUUAGGGUUUUGAUCGACAUAUGUUUAAUCAAAGUAACAUAUAAUCCGAUUUUUAGCAUUCAACAAGGUAGUCGUGGAGUGUUAAUGAGCUAUAACUCUAUAAGGCAAUAUCUUGCAAAAGUUAAAGAGUUUAGAAGUAUCAAAAUAGCUCAUGGAAUACAAAGUAGUUGAUAGUAGUUUUUGAAGUAGUUUUUGUAUUGAUUGAUUGUUCGUUAAUGUUGUUGGAUUGAUUUUGAUAGCUUUUUGGUUGAUUUGUUUGUUGAUGUGAGUUAUUGAGAUUUGAAUUUUGUUUGGAAGAAUUUUGAUUUCGGGAAAUGUGAUUUGGUGAUUGAAUUUGUUUUUGGUGGAUUGGAGUCAGGGCACUUGAUGGUAUUGAUGUAGUAUUUGAUGGUAUUGAUGUAGUAGUUGAUUUUUCAGCUUUUGAACUUGAAUGGAAGCUGAAUUUUGCUACUGCUUGUGUUAUCAUCAUAUGGGUUUUUUUUUGUUAUAGAAAUUAUUUGCUAGUUAAUGAUGUUUGUGAAAGUGUAUAUUGAUACUAUUGUACAUUUUUUGGACUGAUUUUUCAAGGUUUCUACAAUGCCUCGACUUAUGCGUUCCAUAAGGAAGAAAAAACUUAAACAAAUACAACUAGUUAUUUCAAUGGUUAUUAUUAUUUUGAUGAUGUAUUGGAUGUGGCAUAUGAUGUGUGUUGUUACAAUAAGGGGUGUUCAAUUAAAAGAAAGGAAAAGAAACAAAAAAUUCUACGAAUGUUAGUUUUGAGUGGGCUUUAUAGAGAGAGUGAUGUGAAAUGCAAGAGUGAGCUUCGCGUUAAUAGAAGAACUUUCAAUAUUAUUUGUGAGAUGCUUAGAGACAAUGGGGGUUUAAGUGGAACAAAAAACAUGUCGCUUCAAGAGAUCGUAGCCAUGUUUUUAUACACGUUGGCUCACCAUAAGAAGAAUAGGUCUAUUGGACAAUAUUUUUUUAGAAGUGGAGAAACCGUGAGCCGACAAUUUCACCUUUGUUUAAGGGCUUUUCUCAAGUUGCAUGAAGUAAUAUUUUACAAUCCCACACCAAUAUCGGAUGAUUGUGAAGAUGAAAGGUGGAAAUCUUUCAAGAAUUGUUUAGGGGCAUUAGAUGGGACUUACAUUAAUGUAAAUGUGCCUUCACAAGAACGACCAAAGUAUAGAACAAGAAAAGGAACAAUUGCUAUGAAUGUAUUGGGUGUUUGUGCACCCAAUAAGCAAUUUAUUUAUGUUCUUCCUGGUUGGGAGGGUUCGGCCCAUGAUAUGCGUGUACUUCGCAAUGCUCUCUCUAGACCAAAUGGUUUUAGGAUACCUUGAGGUAAGUGAAGCUCAUUCUUUUGUGAGUGUAUAAGUUUUGUUAGUUUUGGUAGGUAGUAAUCCUUUUCUUUAAUAACUUUGAAGGUAAUUAUUAUUUGGUUGAUGCGGGAUAUACGAAUUGUGAGGGCUUUCUUGCUCCAUAUAGAGGUCAAAGAUACCAUUUAAAAGAAUAGACGGAUCGACAACCGAAAGUGCCGAGGAGUUCUAUAACAUGAAACAUGCUAGGGCGCGAAAUGUGAUUGAGAGAUGUUUUGGCCUACUUAAAGGAAGAUGGAGUAUUCUUAGAAGUCCUUCAUUUUUUCCUAUUAGAACGCAUGGACGUAUCGUGAUGGCUUGUUGCUUAUUGCAUAAUCUAAUUAGAAAAUUCAUGCCUACGGAUGAUAUAAACGAAGAUGAAUUGAAUGAAUCUGAUGAUGAUUCUGAAAGUGAUUCCGAUGAUGAAAGGGAAUUUAUUACAAGUGUUGCUACUUCGGAUUAUUGGACCAAUUUAGAAACAAAUUAGCCCAAUAUAUGUUUAAUGAUUGGAGGGA